AUGGUCCCCUUCUCUCUUCUCCUCCCCAUUCUCCAAACCCUAAUCCUCAUCUCCACAAACUCCUACCCCAUUCCCAAAAUUCCACCCCAAACUAACCCAACCCAGUUUCCAAACUCAAAUGGGUCUUCAAAACUCUCAAACCUUCUCUGGAAAACAAACACCGUUCUACUUCAAGGCAACUCCACCAUUUACAGCCGGAACAAGACAUUCCAGCUCAGCUUUUACUACUCUAAUGGGGGCGCAUACUUAGCCAUAAUGUACUCCUCGAUUCAGGUCCCCACCGUCGUCUGGGUCGCCAACCGCGACCGCCCCGUCAAGAACAUCACUUCCGCAACUCUCGAAAUCACCGCCACCGGGAUACUCGCCGUGAAAGACUCCGACAACUCCACCGUCUGGACCAGCCACAACAGCGUCCCCGGCGCGCAAGCGGUGCUGUUGGAGAGCGGGAAUCUCGUGCUGCUAACCCACUCCGGGAAACUCGCGUGGCAGAGCUUCGACCACCCGACUGACACGUGGCUCCCCGGGAUGAAUCUGACGGCCGACCGCGGCCUGACCAGCUGGCGCACCGCGGAGGACCCGUCGCCGGGUUUGUAUUCGCUGCGGUUGCGUCCACUGGACUACGGUGAGUUCGAGCUUGUGUUUAACGGGAGCGUUGAGUAUUGGAGCACCGGGAUGUGGAACGGUCAGGCUUUCGCUAAUGUUCCGGAGAUGGCUGUUCCGUAUAUUUAUACGUUUCAUUUCAUGGACGCCUACAAGCCAACGGCGUCGUUUUGGUUCACGGAGCGGGCGUCGGAUGGCGGGCCGAACCAGCCGCUGACCCGGUUCCAGAUAGACCAUUCGGGUCAGCUGCGGCAGUACACUUGGGGUUUAAGCGAGGCUUGGGACAGGUUUUGGUCCCGACCUGAGGACAAGUGCAGCGUGGUGGGUUUGUGUGGCAAGUUUGGGGUUUGCGACAGUGAAGGUUCUAGACCGUGUGAGUGUCCGCCGGGGUUUAAGCCGGUGGAUGAGUCUAGCUGGGAAUGCGGGGAAUAUUCAGGUGGGUGUGAGAGGUUUAGUGACGUGGGGUGUGAGGGGAGGGAGGAUGGUUUCGUGGAGGUUGGGGUCGAGAGUUUAGCGGGGAGUUGGCAUAAUGGUUCGAUUAGUGGGAGGGAUGGUUGUGAGAGGGUGUGCUUGCAGGUUUGUUCUUGUAUUGGGUUUCAGUACAAUGAGAGGUCUGGUUUGUGUAAGCAUUAUUUCGGGGUUCUGUCGAAUUUGAGGAAUGUGAGUUCUGAUGGUAAUAGCGGUAUGGGUGGUGGUAGUGUUUUGAAUUUGAAGGUGAGGAAAGGUGUGAUUUUGAAGAGCAAGAAGGGGAAGGAGAUGAAUUAUACUGUUUUUAGUGUUAGCAUUGUUGGGUCGAUUGCGGUUUUGGGUUUUGUCUUGGUGGUUGUGUUGAUAAGGAGGAGAACAUUGAAGAGGAAUGGAGGAGCAGAUGAAGGUGUUUUGCUGCCAGUGUUGAAUUUGAAGGUGUUUUCCUAUAAAGAGCUUCACACUGCAACCCGCGGUUUUAAAGAGAAACUCGGGCAUGGUGGCUUUGGAGCGGUUUUCCUAGGGGAGCUGUCGGACCUUACCCUUGUUGCAGUGAAACGCUUGGAGAGGCCAGGCAGCGGAGAGCAACAAUUCCGAGCAGAAGUUUGCACCAUCGGCAACAUUCAGCAUGUCAAUCUUGUGAGACUUAGAGGCUUCUGCUCAGAAGACUCUCAUAGACUUCUGGUGUAUGAUUAUAUGCCAAAUGGUCCUCUAAGUGUGUAUCUACGUCGAGAUGGUCCAAAUUUGAGCUGGGAUGUUAGGUUUCGGCUAGCAGUUGGUACGGCAAGAGGCAUUGCUUAUUUACAUGAGGGGUGUAGAGAUUCCAUAAUCCAUUGUGAUAUCAAGCCAGAAAACAUUUUGCUUGAUAGUGAUUACACAGCAAAAGUGUCAGAUUUUGGGUUGGCAAAGCUAAUUCAUAGAGACUUUAGUGGAGCACUAGCCGCUGAUGGUCACCACGGCUAUACCUAUGGCUAUGUGGCGCCAGAGUGCAGACCUGGUGAUCCAAUCACCACAAAAGCCGAUGUGUACAGCUAUGGGAAGACAUUGUUAGAACUACUUGGAGGCCAUAGAAUGUGGGAGACACCCCCAUCUGUAGGCGGCAGAGAGGGUGGGAACGAAAUAACAGAUUCUUGGUGCUUUCCUUUGUGGGCAGCACAGCAGAUAAUUGAUGGCAAUGUUGUGGCAGUAAUUGAUGAUAGACUCGGUAGCAAGUACAACCUUAAGGAGGCAGAGCGUGUUGCAUUGGUGGCGGUGUGGUGCAUACAGGAUGACGAAGCAACAAGGCCUACAAUGGGGAUGGUAGUGACAAUGUUGGAAGGGGUUGUGGAAGUGACUGUUCCUCCAGCACCAAAGUUGUUACAAGCACUGGUUUCAGGGGAGUCAUUCUGUGGGGUGAAUUCCGAUUCUGGACACAGUGCAUCUCUUGCCAGUGACGACUUCUCUGGUUGUAAUACGAGAUUAUCUAGCUGCGGUUCAGAAUCAUCACUGGGUAAUGUCUCUUCCCUAGUGAAUGAAAAUGCGCAUGAAAACCAAAGAACUUCAGUGAGCUUUACUGUUAUUACUGACCAUAGCUAAGAGCAUUACAUGCCAGUCUGCUCUUCUUCACACUAAAUUUCUUUCCGUGUAAAAAAAUUUAGAAAGAGAUUUUUGUAGAGUACAUGUAUAAUGAUGUAUAAAGUAUUUUUCCCAGUGGUAAAAGUUUUGCCUCUUUG